UUAUUGUACAAAAGAUGGUGAGUUGUUUGAUACUUAAAAAGGGUUGUGUAUGACAAUCUUUGAAGAGUUUAUCACUGAAGGAUUCCCUUUUCCGCUACUUCGAGAAGGAAAUAAUUUCGAUUCUUACGAGACUUUCAAACGGGUCUUUGGAAUGAUACGGGUGCAACAAAGAAUUACUAAGCCUUGAUGGCACUAAUUUUGAGAUGGUCACACCGGCUUUCACUUGUUGAUCAUCAUGAAACAAUGCGAUCGAGGAGGAUAUGAAGAGCAUCGACUAGGAAGUUCAUAGAUUUACAUGUCCACGGAACAUCGGAAACGAAUCAUCAAAACUACUGAUCCCAACAAUGAUGUACUUCGGAAAACUCGAAAUAUUGAUAGCACCAGUUCUUCAGGAUGCUCAAAAGCCGAUGAAAAUGGUACAGUUGAAUCGUCAAACAGAUUGGCUUUGAAGGAACCAGCACCGUAUAGUGACGAUCCGGAAGUUAUUGCGCAACGAGCAUGUAUUGAUUAUUCGCAGAAAAUUACUCUUGAAAUGGCCAGAAGUGGCAAAGCUGGGCGCCCCGUGCGUGUUUUUGCUGAUGGUGUCUAUGAUCUUUUCCAUUAUGGUCAUGCGAAUCAGCUGCUACAAGCAAAACGUGCUUUUCCGAAUGUGUAUCUUAUCGUUGGAGUAUGUAGCGAUGCAGAAACUCUCAAAUACAAAGGUCGUACAGUGACAUCAGAAAAUGAGAGAUAUGAAGGCGUACGCCAUUGCCGUUAUGUUGAUGAAGUCUAUAGAAAUGCUCCAUGGUUUUGCACUGUAGAGUUCCUAAAAAACCUGAAAGUUGACUUUAUAGCGCAUGAUGCGAUACCAUACGUUGCACCUGGCGAUGCAGAUCUUUAUGAGAAAUUUCGGCGAGAAGGGAUGUUUAUCGAGACACAACGAACGGAAGGCGUUUCAACGAGUGAUGUUGUAUGCCGAAUAAUCCGUGAUUACGACACUUAUGUGCGUCGUAAUUUGCAGCGUGGUUAUUCUGCUAAGGACCUCAAUGUUGGAUUUCUUGCUGCGAGACGUUAUCAACUCCAGAAUCAGGUUGAUCACUUGAAGCAAAAAAGUUUGGAAGUUAUACAGACGUGGCGUAACAAAAAGGAUGAUUUUAUUCGUGGUUUUUUGGAAACAUUGCAGAAAGAUGGUGGAAUCGGUUUUAAUGUUGUUGGUAGCAGAUUAAGGACGCUUGUUUCACGUAGCCCGUCUCCAUUAGAUUAUGAGGAGCAAGCGGAAGAGGACACGGUAGAUGCAGCAUCUUAUUGUGAAACGUCUUCAACAACUAGUUUUGCAAGUACUAGGAAUGAAACCUACUAAUGGUAUAUUCAGGCUGAAUAUUUGUUAUACUUGUUAAUCUAGCUUACAAAAUGCCUUGUUUUUUCUUUUUUCGUUUUUUUCUUUGUUGUAAAUCCGACAUUUCUGCUUAUUUUUCAGGUUAUUGCCUUAUUAAUUGUUCUAGUUAUGCUUGUCUCUUUCACGAAGACAUUAAUGCAGUAUUUCUUACAAAGUAUUAUCAUACGUUACAUAUUGCAUGAGAGAUUUGAAGAACUUUGUUUAGACAAAUGUGAAAGCAGUCGCAACGCUUGACCGAUGUUUGCAUAACUAAAAGCC